GUCACCUCAAAUUAUUUGCUGUGCCAGCUGAUGAAUCAAGUUUCAAUGCAAAUGCAUAGAAACAAAAUUACAAAUCACAAAACGUCUUUCACUCUACGAUCGGAAAGACAACAACUGAUAACACUGUGUGCUUUGUUCUCAGUGACCCGCAUGUUCACGCACUUUGCUUCCAGUCAUCGUCUAGUGAGCUACGCUUAGAAUAAAAAAAACUCUACCGACUUGAUUUCUAAUCGAAAUUUGUUGAUAAAUUUAAACAAAUUCGCUUUUACAAUGGCUUGGACGUCUUAUCAACUCUCGCUGGCGUUCAUGAUGGUAAUCACAGGCAGUAUAAACACUUUAAGCACAAAGUGGGCGGAUGAUUUAAAGUCUGUGGGACGUGAUGGCACACUCCGCGCGUUUGAUCAUCCAUUCAUGCAAGCAUCCAGCAUGUUUCUGGGCGAGAUUCUGUGUUUGGUCACAUUUAAAAUCAUGUAUUUUAUUUAUUCUAAACAAGGUGUUGAGAAUGAGAAAGCACUCACAAAAGGCAACAGAAACUUCAACCCGUUCAUUUUAUUCAUCCCUGCAAUGUGCGACAUGACAGCCACUUCGAUAAUGUACGUUGGAUUAACAAUGACCUACGCCUCGAGUUUCCAAAUGUUUCGCGGCUCUGUCAUCAUCUUCGUCGGUUUGCUCAGCGUCGGAUUCCUCGAGCGUAUCCUAAAGAAACGCGAAUGGGCUGGAAUAUUCAUGGUUAUCGUCGGUUUGACGACUGUAGGCGCAGCGGAUUUCAUGUUCUCGCCAAAAGGCGAAGAUAACCCCGAUAGAAACUCGAUAAUCACCGGGGAUAUUCUGAUUAUCAUCGCGCAGGUGAUCACGGCGAUACAGAUGGUAGUCGAGGAGAAAUUCGUGACUGGACAAGACAUUCCGCCGUUGCAAGCGGUCGGAUGGGAAGGUUUAUUCGGAUUUAUUGUUCUAAGCUUACUGCAGAUUCCGUUUUAUUUUAUUCAUGUUGGUCCGCCGUUCAGUAACAACUCGCGGGGGGUUUUAGAGGAUGCUAUUGAGGGUUUCAUACAGAUAGGGAAUAAUUGGCGGCUGUUUUUCGCCAUUAUGGGUACGAUUAUCUCGAUUGCGUUCUUUAAUUUUGCUGGGAUUAGUGUGACGAAGGAGAUGUCGGCCACGUCGCGGAUGGUUUUGGAUUCGGUGCGGACGAUUGUCAUCUGGAUUGUUGGAUUGUUGUUUAUGCAUCAGUCGUUUAUUUGGUUACAGCUCUUUGGCUUCAUUGCACUGCUAAUAGGAAUGUGUCUCUACAACGGAAUCACUUGUAGAUCGGUGAUAAUUCGUUUGAGGAUGCUUUACACUCGAAUUAGAUACGGCAGCAUGCAGGAUGAGGUUAUUAUCAACACGCCGGCGGACCAAGCGGACGACCCGAUCAUUUUCGCUUGAUUUAGUCUAGUUAAUUAGCUUGGAAUACUGCUAUCAUUGAUUAUUAUUGUGUAUGUAUAAUUAUUACUGACAAAGAUCUAUAUUUUAUUAAUGUGUACGAUGUAAGAUGGGAUUUGAAGACUUGUUGGACUAAGUUGCAGCUUGGUUCCGAAAAUUGUGUGAUUUGACCUGAUAGAGGUAGGAAAAGAAUAUGAAUUAAUGAAUAUUUAGACGAUUUUUAUUAACUGAAAUGAUAUAGGUAUAUUAUUUGAAGAGUAAAUUACUAAAAAAGUAAAAUUUAGAUCUUUUUAUGCUUUUUUUGUAGUUUUUGAAGAGAUUUGAUGCAAGUUAAAAAAAAAAUGUGAUUUUAUGACGAAUAUAUACUUUCAUUGACUA